AUGGAGGAGCGCGGUCGUCAGGCGCUGCGCGGGGCCCGGCUGCGGCUGGUGCGGGAGCUGCGGGUGGCGCCGCUGUGGGACCUGCUCCUCGCCCGGGGCCUCUUCACCCGGGACAUGAUCGACCACAUCCAGCAAGCCGGCACUCGCAGGGACCAGGCCAGGCAGCUGGUCACGGAUCUUGAGACUCGAGGAAGACAGGCUCUCCCUGUGUUCAUCUCAUGCCUCAGAGAAACAGACCAGCACGUCCUGGCAGCUCUGCUGAGUGAAGGAUGCCAAGCGCUGCAGUUUGCUCCUGUUGAUGUCCGGCCAGUUGAAAUAAUCAGACCCGGGGGACAGGGAGAUGUGUAUGUGAAGCCAUUUAGCCCAAUGCCCAGCACCACCAAGAGAGAGCAAGAAGCAACCCGUCCCGCAGGUUUGGUGGAAUUUCCCCAAGACAAAUCCAGGAGAAGCUCCGAUCUGGUUUACUCUCUGAAAUCGGAACCGUGCGGUCACUGUCUUAUCAUCAACAAUGUGGAUUUCAGUCUCGGUUCAGAGCUCUCUACUCGAACGGGCUCUGAUGUUGACUGCGAAAAGAUUCAGAGACGCUUCCGCUUGCUGCAUUUUGAAGUCGCGGUUGAACGGAAUCUGACUGCCGAGGAAAUGGUGAAGGCAUUGAACAAGUUAGCAAGGAAGGACCACAGCGCGCUGGACUGUUGUGUGGUGGUCAUUCUCUCACAUGGAUAUCAGGCCAGCCACAUUCAAUUUCCUGGAGGAAUCCACGGAACGGAUGGAAAGUCGAUUUCUGUGGAAACAAUCGUGAACUACUUCAAUGGAUCCCGGUGCCCCAGUUUGGGAGGAAAGCCCAAGCUCUUCUUUAUCCAGGCUUGUGGUGGAGAGCAGAAGGACCGGGGAUUUGAGGUGAAUUUGGAUUCCCCCGAGGACCAUCCAACUAGGAGGGACCCUGAGUCGGAUGCCACACCCUUCCAGGCCGCCCCCGAGGGCUCUGAUGAACCGGAUGCAGUGGCCAGUUUACCCACCCCCAGUGACAUCUUGGUGUCCUAUUCAACCUUCCCAGGCUUUGUUUCCUGGAGGGAUACCAAGAGUGGCUCGUGGUACAUAGAGACCCUGGACAGCGUCUUGGAACAAUGGGCUCACACUGAAGAUUUGCUGACACUCCUGCUCAGGGUGUCUAAUGGCGUCUCUAGUAAAGGAAAGUACAAGCAGAUUCCCGGCUGUUUCAAUUUCCUCCGUAAACGUCUUUACUUUAAUACCAAAUGAGGAGAUCCUCGCCUACCCCAGGACCAGGAUUCAGCCACGACCUGGUGACUCUAAGAAACUGGAUCCCAGAUCAUUUCACUUCGGAUUGGAUCGUCCCGGGACACUGAACGUGCCGUUGGGAGAUCUCAGCUCUCCUUUCCCUCCAUCAGCGGUCCUGGAGACAUUUUACACUCCCCACUCUGCCUCUGGAUUGUGGGGCGAGCCUGCAGUGAUUUACAUUGAUAGGAAUUUUUGGCCAUGGACCGCUCUGCAUCUUUUGAAUAGAAGCCUUUUCUUUUUAGAGUAAAAAAAAAAAAAAAC